UCAGCAGGGUGGCAAAGGCUGUUCUCCAUGACAUCAGCAGGCCCUUCCCUGGGCAUUCUAUUGUAUCUUGGAGAGCUCCUGGCAUUCCGUGAUGUCACCAGUGUUGUAGCAACACCAACUGCAUUUAGGACAUUACUUCAGUGACUCUGGAUUAUCCUUAGAGAUGUUGUCAAGACUGAGGUCUCCGUUUGUGAGAGAACGUGGAGAACAUCCAGAGACUAGAGAGAGGCAGAAAGAAGCUGCUGUUAGGUCUCAUAAUAAAGCAGGAAGAAGGAAAUGGUCCUGGCUUAGGCACAAGGCUCCUACGGAGCCUUCAUCCCAGCCAGCGCUCCUCACCAAGAAACAAGUGAAGAAGGAAAUAGAGAGGAUGACCACAGAGCUGCAGCUGAUGACCAACCAAAGGAAUGAGCUGCGAGAUCGCCUGCUCUUCAUCAGUGAAGGAACUGUGGAUAAUAGACCCUACCACAAGCCAAAUCCAUUCUAUGAGAAACUGAAGUUGGAGCACAAACAGGUCCUGUGGGAACUAAAGGUUUUUGAGAAGGAGAAAACUGAGGUCUCAGAAAAGUUCAGUGAGCUGAACAAGGAGACAGUCUUCUAUCGAGGUUUGCACAGCCGGCUCCUGAUGGAAGAGAGUCAGCUGCACAAGAAGGUGGACAUGCUGAGGCAGGAGAAAAGGAAACUGCACGAUGAUUGGGUCCUGCUUAAGCACCACUUGGAGGACUUGAAUGUUAAAGACCAAGAUGAAGAGAGCAGUGACCUGAAAAUCCAGCAACAGGAACUCAAGAGAUUGGAAGAAAGACUCGAGGUCCUACUGGAACAGAAGGAGAUGUUCUUUCAGCAUAAGGAUUUGGCAGAAAAGAUGCAACAUCAUUUUGAUGUCUCCUGGAUGAGGUCCACUGAACUGCAAUCUCAGCUGGAACAGGACACUGCCCAGGAUGAGAGCCACUUGCAGAAGGAUCUACUACAGCAAGAGCCUCCUGCUGAGCCUAAUCACCCGCAAGUACUGAACUCCUCAGAUGCAAGAGAGGAAUCCUACACUCAUCCUGAAAAACCUGUUAAAAUUGAUGUCUUCCUUGCAAAGCCAACUCCAGGCUGUAUAUCUGUACCUUUCAAAAUGUGGCAAGAGAAUGCUGUUUAUCUCAGUUUUCCUUUGCUUUUUGGUUUACAUUUUUGCUUUUGGUUGUUUUGUUAUAGUUUUGCUAUUUUGGUGUUUUUUUGUUCUUAUUGUUUUUCAUAAUUUGUUAAGGCUAUUCCCUGUUGGUAUUGACUACCAUUUUAAAGCCCGUUUUGAAAACAUUGUUUUUAUGAAUAAUAAAGCAAUUUGCAACUGUUCAC